AUGCUAGAUAGGCAGGCUUCAGAUAUAAAGACAAACUAUUUCAAAAUUGGCCACGUAAAGAACAUUCAAUACACGAUAUACACAACUGCAAACAAUAAUGAACAAGAGCUUUUGGAGUUAGAAUUGAGUUUACGUCACCAACACCCAAACAUCCUACUCACGUACUACAAUAAAUGUUUGUUUUAUUUUUUGGUAGAUGACGCCAUUCACGAUACACCCUCGUUGGUUGAGUCUAACCCUAUUGUGAAGACCAAGUUUCAAUCAACCGUGAUUGCAGAAAAGUUGGCCAAUCCACCAAAGACAGUUGACAAUGAGGAAUAUCUCGCAUUUGCAAACAUAAGCUUUCUCAGAGCAUUGAAAAAAAUGAUUUUAUACAACUUGUCGAUACAGCAGGUGGUUAAGGUGUUUGGGAAUCAUUGCGUUGUUUCUGAGGAUAAUGAAACAUACAGAAUUGUAUGUAUAGAUCCCAUACUUCUUGCUACUGGAGAUAUGCUUAUGUCUUGUGUUGAGAGAAAAACACCUCAUUUUUACAAUUCAUCGUUGUUGUUCCCAAAUGAAACUAUCAAAAGCCAAGCCUUUGUUGUAUAUAUUCUACCUAGUGGAAUUAGGUGCCAUUUAUUCGACCCUACAAACCUCAAAAGCAAUUUUGUAAGUAAACCCCAAUUUGAAAAUGAACAACUACUACGGUUGCUUCAAUUGAACACCGGGAUUGAAAGCUUGCAAGGGGCGACGUGGGUGAAACUAAUACCAAACUUGAAGCACUUGAACAAUCAAACAUCGUCUAUUUCCAAAUUCGUGCAUACAGUUGAAAACAAAAAGUACAUAUUGUGGCCAUGGAAUCUUUGUCUUUUGCAGUUGGGUUUGCGAGAGAAAAUCAGAGAUUAUAGAGAUUCAACUCCGAAUUACUCCAAUCCAAUGAACUUGUUAUCUGAAUUUCUUGAUUUCACGAUUUCGCACAAAGCAGAACUGGAGAGAGCAGAGCAGAUAUUAUACAAUCAACAUCUGCAACAAAUGCAGCAACUGUCACAGCUUGAAACGCAACCAACAAAUGUGCGUCAGGACAACGAGAGACAGUCUCCUUCUUUGAAACAAGAGCAACGUAGUCCUUCAACGGGCUCUACUAACACUGUAAACGAAGCGCCCAGGAACUUGGGACCGCUUGAUAUAGGGCUCAACACGCCGUUAGGAGGCGAUAUCUUCAAUUUACAAGUGAACGACAAUUUUUUCCCCAAACAGGAAAAUAGUGUCCCGGAGGAGAGAAAUGCUGAUGCUGAAGAUGACAACGAUAUGGAAAUCGACGAAUUAUUUGGUGGGCACGAGGAUGCAAGUGAAGACGCUUUUUUGGAGGAGGGGAAUCAAUCAGGUGGCAAUAUAGAAAAUAUUAAAGAUGAAGCCGACGAUUUAUUUAAAAGCGGGACAAACCUGGAAUCCCCUUUUUCAGACGGCGCCACACAAAGAUUAGAGCCACCUAGACCUGAAUCUAACUCGGAAAGCAAAUCAAAGAAAGUUUUGCCAUAUAUUGAUAUUUUAAGUACCGGAAUGACGGUGGGAAAGUCAGUCAGUCCCAACUAUUCUGACCCUGGCGCUCCCCCGCCAGUCAAUCCAACGCCUAUGAUGUAUAUGAGCAAAACCUCAGCUGAUAGCUCGUCAUCUCAAUCUCAAUGUCAAUCACAGGGAGAUAUUGUGAAGAGUGACAACGAGGUGAUGGGAAAAAACAAACAAACACUUUUCUCUCCAUUGGCUUUCCAUCCGGUGAUCAAAAAGGACAUUGAUACAAAGUAUGGAAAAGGUGGUAAAUUCUAUUUCGACAAAGAUGUCGACGGAGUAGAGAAAUCGGGCUUUAGAGCAACAAGUGUGAGUGGAGCGUCACCCCUGUCUUUGAGCACAUUCAAAAAGCAACGUAUCCAAACAGAUGAUUUAUCUGGAAGUGAGGAAAGUGAUGAGGACGCAGAUCUGGAAGAAGGGUCACAAUACUCCGAUGAACACCAUGACACAUUUGUUAAGUCAAACCAAGGCAACAUAGUAGGGGCAAACACGGUAUUGGAUUUUGGUGCGCCUAGUAUUGGCCCUGAAAAAUCUAUAUUUACACCAAUGUUGCAUUCUGGUGGAUUUAGUUCUCCAUUUGUCAACAAUUUUGGAAAGAUGGGAGCUAAACCCGAAUCACCGCUCCCGUUGAACGACAUUCAAUCUUCCAUUAUGACUCCCGCAUUUUAUGAUGCUUCAAUUGGACACCACUCGCCGCAAAUGAAUCAUUUGGAGAACAAGAAGGAAACCGACCCCCCCAGCAAAGCUACUGAAACAUCAAAUUUUUUGCCGUUGAUCUUGAGAAAUGUGAAUGUGUCAACUAUUCCAAGUUUGUAUUUGAUGAACAAUUUGAUUAGUGAUAGAGUAAUACCCACGUUUUCCAUGACGGAGGAUGAAGGUGACAAUGACUUGGAAACAACAAAUAGUGAUGAGUUAAUUGUGAAGCUGAGACAUUUGAAAGAGUUAUUGCAUUUUAUUUCGAAAAGCAUUGUUUUCGAUUUGGGAACUACUUCGAAAAUGUACUCACAGCUCAAGUCAGAAUACAAUGAGGACUUUAGUUUGACAGAAUCGAAUGCGAUCGAGUACCAAACGCCAAAAUUCAGUUUUUUAGAACAAAUUGGAUCAGUGUUUCCCCAUUCUUAUCAAGUAUGUUUGCUGGAACUUGUUGUUGAUACCAAACACGAAGAAGGGGGGGAGGAGGAGGAUUUACUCGACGGUGACUUGAAUUUUUUGGAACAAAUUACGCACCACGAAAGUCCCAAAACUAGACGCCGAAUCAAAAAGGAGCUUGAUUCUUUAACUUGGAAUUUUUUAGAUGGCACCACUUCCCAAGCUGACUUUGAAAAGUACUCCAAUUUACUACAAGAAUUCAACUCCUUUCCAAGUUCCACUGAUGUUAGCAUAUUCAAAACAAAGGAGGUGAAAGUCAAAGUAAACAAGAACGGUAGUCUCAUCAAACUUAACUGCGUCGGACUCGACUUUUGGAGUUACUUAGAUUUUAGUCCCGUGGGGGGCCAGAGGGAUUUUCAGAUGCUCGCAAUCGGCGAAACAUCCGGAUUUGAAUCGAGCUCCUAUCUUCACAAGCUCACGGAUAGACUCAUUAGUAACUACAAAAGCUGCAACUUUGGCUCAAUAUCCAAAUUAAACUUAUCAACUGUCGAUACUAUACCCGAUUUGGAACCUGUCAGUGAUGGUGUUAUGCGAGUUACUGAAAGCCUAUCAUGCAAUUGUGGCGGCUACAAUCAAGUGAAUAAGAAGCUUAAUUCCCUAGCCGAAUUGAUAAAAUUGGAUUUAAUUAACAAGACAAACAACUUUGAGUUUGACAGACCAUUAUUGAUCCUUUUUAUAAAUUUUGACCAAAGCUUCAACUCAAUCCUCCAGAUAUCAAAAGUUUUGCGAAACUUUAAGGUGGCACUUUUGAAUUUCCAAGUGCCCUUGGUUCAAAUUUUUGCAAAAAUUAUCCCUGCAUCCAUGAUUGCCAAUAAAGUUGGAUCUGACAUAACGCUAAAGUUGUUCAAUAACCACAUGUUGUCAAAAAUCUCACUGAGCUUAUACAACGAAUGUCCCCAAGAUGCGGGCGCAAAGCUUUCAUCGUGUCAAUUUUACGCACCUUUGGUAAAAGAAGCUCCAUCAAGAAUACCGUUCAAAUUUAUCAACAACAGUUAUCGUGACAUAUCAGGCUCGGACGAUACAUUCAUUCACGUGGCUUACGAGAGAUCAAUUGAUAGAAACUGGUUUGCUGCGGCUUGGACCGAUCCUUUGGGUCUCGUGAAACAUACAAAGUCAUGGUAUUGCUCACCCAAUGGGAAUGAGCAAAACGGAGCAAAGCCAUCUAUGCACAGCUUUCGAGAUGAGAGGAUAGACGUUGCCACAAUUGCUGACGAUAUCUGGAAUAUCUCUGCUGAACUUUUUAGUGCUUUGAGUCGAGUGAACGAGCGGGAAAAUUCAGCGGGAGGGAAAAAGUUUUUGGUAUUGACGAGAAUCAACAGUGUGAUUCCUGAUGAUGAAUUGAUUCACUGGAAGCGUCUUAGUAUGAGAUUCAAAGAUAUUUCGUUAAUCGUGUUAUCUGUCAAUAGAACUCCUAAAUUGACGCUAUCGGUGAAAGGAGAAAACUCAAAUUCGACUUUCAACUCACCAGACAGAGACAGAGACAGCUUUUUCAGCUUCAAGAAUCCAAACAAUAUCAAUAAUACGUCACCCAACACAUCAAGUGGGGGUUCGGUUUUGGCAACAUCACCGAAUGGUUUGGCGUUUCAUUCACCACAACAGUUUUUGAAUAUGCCAUCAAAUUUUUUGUCUCCGCAAGAGAUACCAACUCCGGGCACCGCGGGAAGUGCAUUGGAGAGUCAAAAUGAACCUGACGCGAUACUAAAGAGUGCUGAUGGAGAUAUCUACGGUGUAAUUCCUCAAGUACAGCUCCCUUCAUUCAACUCACCAAGCAGAAUGAACAUGAAGACUGGAUUUUUAGUCAAAGAGCAACCUGUGACCUCGAGCGACAACGAAAAGGGAUUGUUGGUGUUUGAAGUUAACUUACUAAGCUGCUCGAACUAUUGGAAUUUGGACAACUUGAUGAAGAUGAUGUUGAGUCAGUACAAGAACUUGACUACUUUGAAUGAUAUUCUUGGGAUGAGGCCAAUACAUGGAACCGAAGCUGAUACAGCUAGUUUAGGAUAUUCUCAAACCACAUGUGUGGUUCCUUGGCAUAUCAACGCCGUGGGAAAACUACUAAACUAUGUGGUACAUAUAUAUGUAGAAGAAUAG